AUGAUCCACGUUGUUGGCGCCCCGAUGGCCGGCUACCGGCUGGAGUUUAAGCGGAACUAUGCGAUCAACUUAACCCUGCAGCUAUAUACCAGACUUGCGAUCGGGCAAAUCGACUCUCAACACAUUGUUCCAGAUUCGGAUCCUCAGGCCCCGCUGGUCACAGACUCCUCCCCGAAGUGUGCAAUUGAAGUUGCAGCGACGCAGAUUCCUCCACCAGCAAUUAGCCAAAACUUCCUGGCUCCUGUCAAUGAUACCACCAACAGAAGGUGCCAAGAAUGGACAAUGGACUAUGUACACUGUCUAGUCCACCAUCAAUAUCUCAAUGAAAAUGCGAUCCAGAUUGUUCAGUCUGCACGCGAUCCUCCAAAUCACGGUGUUGGCUUGAACCCGGUUGGCGGCGGGCGUGGUCGAGGCAGGGGUCAGUGAACUCGGAAUUUGCGCAUAAUUGGAUGUGAAAUGAAAUGCCAUAAUUGUUACUGUUGAUUGUGAUACUGGGCUGGCCCUGUUUGAAUUUGAAUCAUGUUGCUUAUUUUUGUUUUCUGAUAUGAGCUACUGCGGAGUUUCAACUGGUCAACGAGGCCCUUAUUAGUAAAUCCCAUUUUUCAUUUUGGUUUCUGGCAUUUAGCAAUUGUUUCUCUGGUCAAUCAUCAGUACAGGGUGAAGCACACUCGAGUACAUAGCUUAUGAAGGAUAUUGGAAAGAAAAGCUCGGUAAAUGAUCAUGACAAAUGUAAUUUAGAAGGCUAAGUACAACAUCAAUACUUACACUGCUCCAAUCUGCAGCACAUAUUCACCAAAAGCAGCAAACUCAGGCUCGUACGCAGUUAAGAAUUUGGGAAUCCAAACAUUGCGCCAUUCC